AUUUGGUGAGGUUUUUCAGUAAACACUAUAUGCAAUAGCAGUAAUCACUAGACUAAUUAAAGUAAUUAUUAUCCUAUUACAUUAUGGAAUUGUAUAAAGAUAUAGUUUUUGAAGUAUUAUUAGUCUCAUUGAUUGGGUUAUUAGUCAUGGUAACAUCAUCUCUUGAACCUAUUUCAAAAGGUUUCUUUUGUGAUGACGAGACAAUUAAAUAUCCAUACAAAACAUCAACAGUUGGAAAAACAUUCUUAUGCUUGUUUUAUCUUCUUCUACCAAAUGUUUCGAUAAGUUUGAAGUAUUACUGGAAUAUGCAUAAAAACAUAAAAAUCGUAUAUGUAAAUAUAAUUUAUUUCUGGCUGGGUUCUGGAUUAGCCCAAAUUACAGUAAAUUUGGGAAAAUAUUACUCUGGACGUUUAAGACCUCACUUUUUUUAUGCGUGUAAACCAAGUAUUGAAUGUACAUCACAAAAUCAAUAUAUUACAGAAUACACAUGCACAAAUCCAGAAGUAUCUAUAUCAAAUGAUUCAAGAGCUUCUUUUCCAUCAGGUCAUGCAUGUUUAGCAUUCUAUUCAACAGUAUACACAAUUUUGUACCUACACAAUUAUAAAAAGAAUGUAGGAUGGGUUAUUAUUCAAUUUGCAAUAUUUAUAUCUGCGUGGUAUACAGCUUUAACUAGAGUCACCGAUAACAUGCAUCAUUGUACUGAUGUAAUAGCUGGUUCAAUUAUUGGUACAUCAUUUGCUAUUUUAAUGAUGUAUGAAGUGAAGAUACGGAUAUCUCUAGAAAACAUAAAUGCGGUCUAAUAUGAAAAUAAUUCAAUAUAAUUUCUUUUUUAUUAUUACAUGUUUACAGCACCAAUGUUAAAUAUUAUUAUUAUGUACUCUGUCGUUGUCAA